AUGGCACCCAAUACCGAUAUUGCCACAAGAGCUUUUGUGGUGGCUCUUAAAUCACCUUAUUUUGGCAAGUCAAAUGCUGAAAUCACGGAAAUCACCCAGAUCUCAAAGAGUCAAAUCAACUGUAUAUAUAAACACACAAUUGAACGUGGAUUUAACCCUGAACUGCCUUAUAUGAUACUUCGCGAUGAAUGGCUUAGAGAUGCCUCCAAAUCCGGCCGACCAACUCAGGGAAAUGAUAGCAUUAAGGAUGCUAUUCUUGUAAAGGUUCAACAUGAUCGCUAUGGACGAGAAAAGAGCUAUACUGAUCUUGCCAAUGAAUUCAGUAAUGAAGGAAUUGAGAUAUCUUCUAUGACUAUAUGGAGGAUUCUUCGCAAAGCAGGCCUUCGAAAAAUAAAGCCUACGUGGAAGCCAGGACUCACUAAGAAGAUGUGGUUAGAUCGACUUCAAUUCUGCCUGGAGCAUAAGAAUUGA